UUGAAAAGUAUAAAAUUUUUUAAUAAGAAGAUUGAAAAAAAUUCUGUGCAUUGAAAAGUUUUUAUAUGAAUCAUCAGUAUUUGGCAUAUUAAGUGGUUUUGUUUUAGAUUUUGGCAUUUAUAAGCACCGUGAUACUUACUUAGGGCCGCAGAAUCGAUUUUCACUUGUGAAGCAUGGGAUACACAGAUUUGUGCCAUUAAAAUCUUUAUACCCGCGAUGAUCUGAAUUCGCAUACAGUGUCUGUGUGGUUACUGGUUAAGGUGCCGUAAAGUGGGAUGCGAGUGGCAUUUGUGGAAUUGAAAAAAAAUUACAUUACUUAAACAAUUAAAAAAGAAAGAAUACUUGUAAGUGAUUCUUCUCCUGAGAAGAAGAAGAAGAAGAAGAAGGAAAAUUUUUUGUGUGUGUGUAUGUGUACAUGGAUAAAUAUAAAAACCUUGCGCAACGUACACGCUUAAAAAAUAAGUAAAUAAAUAGUACACAUACACACAAAAUUUACGCGUGUAAACGCAAGUAUUGAUAUGCAACAUCAGCAACAUACGAGGACAUUAGAAGCAUCAGCAGCUGCUCAUACGACUGGAGGGGCUUCGUACGAUGGACAAAUUGCUGGUUUAUAUGAUUUGGAGGAAACUUUGGGUUCCGGACAUUUCGCUGUAGUGAAAUUAGCUCGCCAUGUAUUUACUGGAGCUAAAGUUGCUGUUAAGGUAGUUGAUAAAACGAAAUUAGAUGAUGUUUCGAAAGCUCAUUUAUUUCAAGAAGUAAGGUGCAUGAAAUUAGUGCAGCAUCCAAAUGUGGUACGUCUGUAUGAAGUAAUCGAUACAAAAAACAAACUCUAUUUAGUACUAGAGCUGGGUGACGGUGGUGAUCUUUAUGAUUAUAUUAUGAAACACGAUGGUGGCUUAACAGAGAAUUUAGCGCGCAAAUAUUUUCGUCAAAUCUUGCGUGCCAUCACCUAUUGUCAUCAGCUGCAUGUGGUGCACAGAGAUUUGAAACCAGAAAAUGUGGUGUUUUUUGAAAAACUUGGCGUGGUAAAGUUAACCGAUUUUGGCUUUAGUAAUAAAUUUUCACCUGGACAGAAAUUACAAACUUUUUGCGGAAGUUUAGCUUAUUCGGCUCCCGAAAUUUUAUUGGGGGACUCCUAUGAUGCUCCGGCUGUUGACAUUUGGUCUUUGGGUGUUAUUUUAUACAUGCUUGUAUGUGGCAAUCCGCCUUUCGAAAAGGCGAAUGACUCUGAAACUUUAACAAUGAUAAUGGAUUGUAAAUAUACGGUGCCAACUCAGGUGUCACCCGAUUGUCGCCGCUUAAUAGGUUCGAUGCUGGUAAGAGAUCCCAAAAAACGUGCUACAAUCGAACAAAUUGCUGCCGAUCCAUGGGUUAAGGAAAAUGCUGAAAUUGACGACGCCGACUUUCUGCCAUUGGUUAAGCGUGAACAGAUUAGUGAAGAAGAUCACGCCUUCAUUGUCCAGAAAAUGAUUAAUGGCAACAUUGCCUCAAAGGAGGAAAUUCUUCAAGCAUUGGAUAAGGAUAAAUACAAUCAUAUAACGGCCACAUAUUUUUUAUUGGCUGAAAUACGCUUACGAAAAAGACGUGAAGAGCAGUUGAGGCAAAAUUCCCUCCUUUCUUUAGGCAAAAUGAAAAGCAACUUCAGUGCUGGUAUGGGAUCUGUGCAGGGGGCGGAUAUAGGCAAAACCGGUCAACCCGUGAAAGUGCCUAUUAAUAUUAUCUGCAGUCCAGAAAUUUUACAAAAUGAAUCAAGAAAUGACAAACGCAGCCGAAAAUGCAGCAUUGUUCGUGAAGAAGAUGAAGAAGAGUCUUCGCACGAAUUGUCUUGCGAGGGAAAUGAAUUGAAAGUGGCGAUAACGCGCCGUGAGUCAAUUUCAGACGGUCGUCUUCAUCGUUCAGUCCAGGAAAGAGCUUUAAAUAGCUCUAAGAAGUCAAAUAUAGAUGAUAUUGGUGCUGGUGGCGAUGUGCUGGAUACCAUUGAGACCCAGACAAAAAUGGUUGUAUCCGUUGACGCUACCCUGGCACAAAAGCUGAAUGAAAUGGAUAUUCAAAGCACUGAUAAAGUGGCAGAUUUAACAGCCACAAUAAAUAACUCGAAUCAAACUAUAAGUGAAUCUUUAGAGAUACAAGAUACUUUACGAGGCUUAGAAGAAUUGAAACUAAAGUCAAGUAAGAAUCCGGUGCUUACGCACCAUAGGCGUCACUCAAAGCUUAACAAGAUUCGUACACCAUCUUGUAGCAGUUCAGAGGCUUCAGAUGAAGAUACGAAGACUCGCAGUAAAAAGAAAAUACAUAAAUUCGUAGGUGAUACUCCCACAAGAUUUCGCGUCCAUCGUCGCGAUUCGCAUGAUGAUAGUAGUGACUCACAGGACCAGGGCUGUCCACCGUCCGACGCACAUGCAGGUCAUGAUGCAGCUAAUUUAAUAACGACAAAUUCCUCGAAUGUAACCGACAACAAAAAGGACGGACAAACUCAGAAUAAAUCGGAGGAUACGCGGCAUCAUAAAUCGUCAACGCAUUCUUAUGGUCAUAAUCACAAGUGCAAGAACAAACAGUCAAAAGAGGGUUCUACUGCUACCAAUGAUAAGCACUGUUCCCUAGCGGAGAAAGCAAUGCAACUGCAAGCUGUUAAUUUGAAUUCACGGCGGAGGCGAAUUCGAGAAAGCCAAUCAUUGGAUCGAAUAACGGAAGCACAAGAAUACGAUCUGUUGCGUCAUCGAUCGUCGUUUCCUUACGCUGAAACGCAGUGCAAUUACGAUCAACGCAUUUCUUUAUUCAAUCUACAUGCUUUUCCCGAAGCAAAAGAAGAAGAGUACGAUGACGAAGGAUCCGAAAACCAUUCUAACCAUACAGAACAGUUCCGUAAUUCGCUGAACAUUAUCAAAGAACACGGCAACACUCUUACAAUUAGGAGCACUGUCAAUAAUAAUAAUUCUUUGCAGCACAAUCACAGUACUGGCAAUAGCAUUUAUAAAUUGAAUUCCAUAGAGGAAAUUGACUUGAUAUUACAUGAGAAGAGCUUAACCAAGACCUUACAAACGACUAGCUCGAAAUGUUUUGUUACCAUUAAAAAAAUUCGUAAACUAGGCAAAUAUUUCCCCGUAGUAAAUUUUUCUUAAUAAAAACGCACUAAGUCAUCAUUAAAAAAAAAUAUAUAUAAUAGAAACACAAAAACUAAACAUAUAAGGCAUUGGUAUAACCUACACACAGAAAUAUAACUUAAAAAAAAAAAA